AUGAAGACAGUGCUUAUUAACGAGAGCCACCCUGAAGAGUUCAUCCUACUAGGCUUUGCUAACCAUCCUUGGCUAGAGCCUCCUGUAUUCAUCAUUCUUCUGAUCACAUACCCCGUGGCCUUGAUGGGAAACAUCACCAUCAUCCUGGUGUCCAAGUUAGGCCCCUGUCUCCACAGCCCCAUGUACUUCUUUCUCACCAACCUCUCUUUUUUGGACAUGUGUUACACCACAAGUAUUGUCCCUCAAAUGCUGUUUAACCUGGGAAGCUCUAAGAAGACCAUCAGUUUCAUGGGGUGUGUACUUCAGCUUUAUUUAUUCAGUGCAAUGGGGGCUGCAGAGUGUCUUCUUUUGGCCAUUAUGUCUUUUGACCGCUAUGUGGCCAUCUGCAGACCUCUGCACUACAAUCUCAUUAUGAAUCAGCGCAUCUGCAUCCUAUUAGUGUCCAUUGUGUGGCUGUGUGGAAUGACCUAUGCUGUCUCAGAGGCCACUGUUACAUUACAGUUGCCAUUGUGUGGCAUCAAUAAACUUGAUCACUUGUUGUGUGAGAUUCCAGUCAUGAUAAAAACAGCCUGUGGUGAAAAGGUGACUAAUGAGCUCGCACUAUCUGUGGUAUGCAUUUUUAUAACAGGUUUUCCCCUGUGCUUAAUUCUUGCUUCCUAUGCUAGUAUUGGACAUGCUGUACUUAAAAUCAAAUCUAUUGAAGGAAGGAAAAAGGCCUUUGGAACUUGUUCCUCUCAUCUCAUUGUAGUUUCCUUAUUUUAUGGCCCAGCUAUCAGCAUGUACCUCCAGCCCCCCUCCUCCAUCACAAGGGACCAGCCCAAGUUCAUGGCCCUCUUCUAUGGAGUGGUGACUCCUACACUCAACCCCUUCAUCUACACCCUGAGGAAUAGGGAUGUGAAGGGGGCAUUAGGCAACCUAGUAAGGAGCAUUUUCAGUUCCAAAUGA